GCGUCUUUCAUUAGGAGUUAGUAUUGCCGGUGAUGAUUUUGCUAAAUUCAUAAAUAUGAGACUGGAAUAGUUUUUCUUAGUAAAUGAAACUGUAUCGGGUUUAUAUAACAGUGUGAAAAUUAGUUCCAAAUUCUACCCGUAUAGUGUAAUUAUGUCAGAAAUUAGCUUAAUAACUUGUCAAUGAAAGACGCCCAUCAUAUGACGUAACACCUUGAAGUCGUUCAGCAACUUUCGAAGCUAUGGAAAUUAUGACCUUAGGUGGACCAGGAAUUAAACUAGCGCUCAGAGGACUGAGGCUAAAGCAUACGGGAAUUAUCAGGUUUCUCUCUACAGCACCUCCUAAACUUGAAGCACAAAGUGGAUUGCCUAAUGGAGGUUUGGGAGCUGGGAAACAUUUGCAAUUUACUGCCAAGCAUUCUCGUCUUCCAGUCAUAGUAAAAGCAGUGGUUACAGAUGUGAGACUGGAGUCGCCUACAGUUAGGGGAAUUACUUUACAGAUUGAUAACCCCCAAUUUAACUUUAAAGCAGGUCAAUGGGUUGAUAUGUUUAUACCAGGUAUGGAAACAGUUGGAGGGUUCUCAAUGUACUCAGCCCCAAGCCAGUUAAUAGAAACAGGGACAAUAGAUCUUGGAAUUAAGUUUUCUAAGUGGCCUCCUGUAUUUUGGAUUCAUACUCAGUGUAAAGUGGGUUCAACUGUAGCUCUCAGAGUUGGCGGUGAUUUUUAUUAUGCCCCAGAAGUUGGCGAUCAUCCCUUUGAUCUCCUCUUAGUAGCAGGUGGUGUUGGAGUAAAUCCAUUGGCUUCUAUGUAUUUUCAUGCAAGAACUUUACACAAGCUUUAUCUAGAAAAUAAAGAAGAAUACUGCCCGGGAAAAGUAUUGUUGUUAUAUUCAGCAAAAACUUAUGAGGAUAUACUUUACAAGACUCUUCUAGAUGCCAUUUCGAGCUUUCAUCCAGGGAUAGAGGUCAAGUAUUUUACCACUCGAGAACCACCGCCUCAUGCCUCCAAUGCCACAUAUGGUCAUAUCACUCAGGAUGUUUUAAGGUCAUCAUUAAAGACACUGGAUACAUCGGCCUUACAGACUUUUGUUUGUGGUCCGCCGCCAAUGAUUGAAAAUAUCAAGGAUCAUCUAUUGGUUUGUGGUUUAUCACAAAAUAAAAUUUUCUAUGAAAAGUGGUGGUAAAAUUGUUUAAUUAUUUUUUUCUUGUAUAUACAGUUCGUUUAAUUUUUGUGGUAGAUCAUAUAAGUCUUUUUUAGCUCUGUAACACACUUUAAACUCAGGAGUUUAAUAGUAAAACUUUGCUAUUACACUAUUGUUGCUCAAGCAGAUACAUCACACAGUUGUAGGAACUGAAUGGUGUAUAUUUUUUAUUUACAGAAAGUUUUUGUUUCUAUGCUAGAGUUGGUAGCAUGAUAGUGGAUUCUUUCCAAAUUCAUGUGAAAGUGGAAAAGAAUAAGGCAUAAACAUGAUGAAAAGUAUAAAACUGUAUUUUGAAAGAAGAAUGAUUGUUGGAAUGGUGGAAAAGUGUUUUGCAGUAUAUGGGAACAAAGCUUCGGCUCACUAAUGCUGGAAGUAGUACAUGGUGAGUAUUACAAGGUUAAAAAUGUGCCAAAGUUUCUUCAAUGCAGUUAAUUUAUCCAUACAGCCUAUAAUCAAGGUCAACAAAAAUAAAUCUAUCUUUCGGUGGUCUCGGUAUAAGUAAUGCUGUAUGAACCACGGCCCAUGAAACCGUCGGCCGGCAGUGGUGACCUGUGUUGUUGCAGUGCUAGAGGCACAAUCAUGGCCAACUUUAAUCUUAA